UGAUACUUAAUAUUAAUAAUAAAAUAAGGAAAAUGCAGACACAGCAGAACUUACGUGGACGAUGGGGAUCUAAAGUUGAGUUUCUAUUCGCAUGCAUUGGAUAUGCCGUUGGACUUGGAAACAUAUGGAGAUUCCCGUAUUUGUGCUAUACCAGUGGAGGAGGUGCUUUUCUCUUCCCAUAUUUUAUCAUGCUGAUACUGUGUGGAAUUCCACUUCUCUACAUGGAGAUGGCUGUUGGACAAUUAACACGAAGAGGACCUGUUCAUGCUAUUGCUAAACUAUGUCCUAUACUGAAAGGUACAGGAAUUGCAAUGGUGAUGCUGAGUUUUCUGCUCUGUACUUACUACAAUGUGAUCAUUGCUUGGUCUCUGCAUUAUUUCUUUCAUUCAUUCUUCAACCCAUUACCAUGGACUGGUUGCAAUAAUACGUGGAACACAAUUUUCUGCUUAACAGGAGAUGAGGUGCAAAAUUUUACAUCAACAAUAUCAAAUGGUGAUAGAAAUUUGACCGACUCAGAAUUAGAUUAUUAUAAUCCUGAAUAUCUUGUGAAGCACACGUCACCAUCCUACGAAUAUUUCAAUUAUAAUGUCUUGGAAAUUUCCAAUGGCAUCGAAGACAUGGGACAUAUGCAAGGAGGUCUAGUCGGAUUUCUGUUCCUAGCUUGGGCCAUCUGUUACUUCUGCCUGUGUAAAGGAGUAAGAAUUGCUGGAAAGGUGGUUCUUUUCACUGCUACAUUUCCAUAUGUCAUCCUGUUUGUUCUCCUCAUAAGAAGCGUAACAUUGCCAGGCGCCGAGAACGGAAUACGAUAUUUUAUGAUUCCACACUGGCCUGAUCUGGGAAAUCCUAGGAUAUGGCUACUUGCUGCAGCACAGGUCUUCAACUCCAUUGGAAUAGGAUUUGGUUCCUUAAUUGCAUUUUCAAGUUACAAUCGAAGAGAUAAUAAUAUUUUACAUGAUACUCUUAUUAUUGCCAUCGUCAACAGUUUGACUUCGUUACUCGCAGGUUUUGUUGUUUUUUCUGCUCUUGGAGGAAUGGCUGAGAUGAUGGGGGUAGGAAUACAUGAAGUUGUUUCAGGUGGACAAGAACUUGUGUUCGUUGUUAUUCCAACAUUGUUCUCUCUUCUACCAUUAUCAAAUUUGUGGGCUGUUCUUUUCUUUUUGAUGUUGAUUUGUCUUGGAAUUGAUAGUCAGUUUGCAAUGGUAGAAGUCAUCAACACAAGCAUUAUGGAUGAACUUAAUAAAAGAUUCAAAAACUCUCGAUUCGUCAGAAAAGAGAUCGUAGCUUUGAUCGUCUGUCUUGUUUGUUUUUUGCUUGGACUUCCAAAUGUUGCGCAGGGUGGCAUGUAUUUCUUCAUAUUGAUGGACCACUACAGUGCAGUUGUGUCGUUAAUGUAUGUUGCUUCGUUUGAAGUUAUGGCCAUUUGCUGGUGCUAUGGAGCAAGCAGACUUGCAAAAGAAAUCAGCUUUUUAUCAAAAUGGCGACCUCCAUAUUUUUUUCCAUUUUGCUGGCUUUUCAUUUCACCUGCAUUACUCACGAUGCUCUCCAACUUCACAUACUCAUCUCAAUCAGUUCAACUACACUAUGGAGACUACCUCUAUCCAAGAUGGACACAAGCUUUGGGCAGUUUCAUAGCGUUGAGCUCAACAAUAUGGAUUCUAAUAGGAAUAUUUACACACAGUAUGCACCAAUGUAGGAACUUGUAAGCAGAGAUGCGGCAUGGGACUUCGGCCAACUUUCCAGCCAGUGUAUGCAUCGAUCACGAAUAAAAGAAGCGAAGGGAUAGAACCUACCAAUGACGAGCCCCCAACAAACAUUGAAAUGGUGGCCCAACCAAUUGUUGAGCAACCGCUUUUAGUCCAAGCUACUGUGGAACCGACGACACAAUCAACUGCCAAUGAAGGGGAUUGCUCUUCUCCACCACCUGACUACGAGUCUGCGGCCGUACAGACUUGAGAUAUUUUGAAAAAAUUGGCGAAUCUUGAAAGUGCAAACUAAUAUGGCAUGAAGAUUGCGACAUGAAUGUUGCACAAUGAGAGCAGUAGACAGCAGAUAUUGUAUAAAUUAAGGAAAAAUUUACACAUGUAUCAAUACUAAACAUCAUUUUUAUAUUUCUCCAAAAAAGCCUUGGCUUUUGGUAAUAUUAGGGUUUUUAAAUUUCAUAAAUUUAUGAGUGCAAACUUGCGACACUCAUGUAUCAAAACAUUAUCUUUACAUUCUUGAAAUUGCUUUGGUAAUAUUAUCAAUUUUGUAACUUGAGAUACUAAUGUAUCAGAACGAAACAGUGUUCCUAUUUGUCUCGAAAAUGCUUUGAUGAUGCUAACAGCAAGUUUUUGAUCUGGAUAUGAUUUUUGCUAAGUAGUCGUAAAUUCAUAAAUUUACUGUUUUUGUGUCUGUGGGGUGAUUUUUAAAGCCUUCUAUGAAAUGUUUCUGUUUGAUACUUUAGUCCACUUACAGACUUGAGAAACUGAUUUGUCAAUACUUGGUCAUCACUUUUAUAUUUUUCAAAAGUGCUUCAGUAAUAUUGAGUUAUUAAAUUUCGUUUUUGUGUCUAUGGGAAGAUUUAAAAGCCAUACAUGAAUUGUCAUUUUUGCAGACCUGAGACACUAAUUUAGCAAUACUUAAAUAUUGUUUUUAAAUUUCAUAAAAUCACAGAUUUUGUGUUCGUAGUUUGAUUUUUAAACCUAUUGCCAUUCUGUUUGACACUUUAUUAGUCCACUUGCAGACUAGAGACACUAAUGGCGUUUUCUAUAUUACUUAAGAGUGCUUCCAUGAUAUUACUGAUUUUAAAAUUUCGUAUCGUUUCCCAUGGUCUUAUUUUGAUCACUUCUUUGCAUUUUUGAAACCAAUCAUUGGUGUUCGACAUUUCUUUCAAAUGCAUAAUUUGCUAUUAGACGGUGGCUUUUUCGACUUUGAAUGUUUUGAAAAAAUUUGGAAAGAUUUGAAAAUGCAAAUUAUAUGGCUGUGCAGAUUGAGCUUACUUAUCGACUUACCGGUAGAUGCUUUGACAAAUUAAUUAGAAGUUUUAAGACACUAAUGUAUCAAAAUGAAAUAAAGUUUUUAUUUUUUGAAAGUCCUUUGGUAUUAUUAACAUUUUUAAAAUUUUAUAUAGUUUUGUCGAAAUUAAAACAUAGUUUCUAUAUUUUCUGUUUUAUUAAUAUCAAUUGCUUAUUGACAAUGAGACUAUAAUGACUUGAAAAAUUGAUGAAAUUUAUGAUUGCAAACUAAUAUGUGUUUUAUAUUUUUUGAAUAUGCUUUGGUAAUUUGUAUUGUUAUUGACCGAACUAUGAUACUGCAGACUAAUCGACUUGAGAUAGGUCCAAAAUUAUUGAAAUUUGAAAAUGCAAAUUUUUUAUACCGCGUUCCCCUGUUUGUGGAUCUUAUUUUUUACAGAGGUCUACUUCGCAGAAGCUGAAAACAGGGUUCGCCUACAUUUACAACAACUUGUUAAGGGCUCUUAACAAUUACAAUUUGCGACUUUAUCUUGUUCACGAAUGUCUAUGCACAGUGGAUAUACACUAAAUGUAUAAAUUUAAGACUCUUAAUAUCGCUGCGGCCCCCCUGUGUAGUUCUCACGGACCCCCAGUGGCCCGCGCACCCCAGUUUGGGAAAACCUGCACUGAUGUAUCAAGAUGGAGAUAGAAAUGCAACAGUGUUUUAUAUUUCUCGAAUAUGCUUCAGUAAUUGGUGAACAUUAAUGUAUCAAUAUUAUAAAGAGUUUUCAUAAUUCUGCCAGUUUAACUUCCUUGUCCUGAAUUAUGAACAUACUUACUGGAUAUUUUAUUGCAAAAACAAUGAAAAACCAUCAAAAACCACUAGUUUUUACAGAUUUUUGUGAGCUAAACCAUGAAGGAAAGAUAAUAAAUGCUAUGAAUUUCUUCACAAUGAAUGACUAUUUUUUCAGAAUCAUUUUGGAGCUACCGUCAUCAAUUUUUUUCCAUCCAGUUUGAACUAUUUUUUAUGAAGUUGAAUUUGCAUUAACAUGUCUCAUUUCACAAAAUAGAUUCUAUUACAAAAGUUUCUAUUUGAAUCGAAUUUUCUGAAUCUUAGGUGUAUUCCUACCUCUCUUGAGAUUUGUUCUCCGACUAUCUGAUUAGUCUUAUUUUCAAAAUUCUUCUUUGUAAUUAAAAUCAUUAAUGUUGCAGCAUGACUGGCAUUUCAUUUGCAUCAAGUCCAGUACCAACAGCAUUUGGGUACUCCCAAAGUAUGUGAACCAUGAUGGCGGACACAGGAUCGUAGUAUGUGUACCAGGUUGGACCAUAAUUUCAGAUACAAAUACUACUUACUUGGCUAGUCCCCGAACUCGUAAUUGAACUAAAAUAAAUUGGAAUAAAAUUAUGGCCUAACCUUAACCUGGUACACACACUACGUUCUGGUGUCCGGCAUCUCGGUUUACAUACUUCGGAAGUACCAGCAUUUUUCUUCAUCAUAUUUGCACUAUCAUCGCCUCAUUACAAUCAUCUGUAUUCAUUUUACAAAGUUAAUCAUAAUUUUGGUGUAUAUAACCUUUUGCUUGAAACUAUGUUUUUACUUUUGUGAUCAAGAGUUUUCACGAAAGCCGAUAUUAUGCAGACAGGCCAAUCAUGAAAUGCUCUCAAAAAAUUAUCAGAUAGUCACUUGCUCUAUGAGCCUUCUAAAUUUUUCAGGAGAUAAGUUUGCUAGUGUUUAUAUUAGUACACAAAACUUAACUUUUGAGUAGCAGUUUGGCCCUCCUAAAUUUAUCAAUAAGCUGAAAAGCAACUCUUUUUUAAGGUUACCCUGCCACUUUCAUGAGAUCACGUUACUGCCAAAAGUACCGGUAAUAAGCUGCAGAGAUAACUCUUUCGACUCCAUAAUUAGCUAACAUCUGUUCCUUAUAAUAUUAGUUUCUGAUUAUCUUACUGAAACAUGCAACAAUUGAAUUUG